AUGCCUUUUGAACUUCCUCCUCGUUCUCGGCUGGAUUCUAAGAGGCCAUUUUAUAUCUCUAGAAGCAGGAUGCCGAUAACUUCGACCUUUUACAUUUCGAACGAGUCCCUGGCGCUGGGAGACGAAACGGACGAUACGGUCGAUAAGGGUAAAGCGAGGGAAGAAGAACCAGCUAUUCCUCUAGAAUGGUCUCUCAGUAAAUUACCUAGUGCAAGACGAUAUCCAGGGAGUACCAAAAGGUUCUCUGGCAGGAGUUACUACCCUCAGUCUGAUGAAGAGUCUCUCACGGGAACUGGUCGGAGUCAAUAUCAGAACAUAAUCAAAUAUCCACUACCCAGUCUAUGGUCACCACAUCUUGCUGAGAAUAGGAAAUUAUGGAUCAAGAUGUUUGUGGUAUUUUGCGUGUUAUUGAUCACCACAAUAAUGGGGACAAUGUCGAUAUACUGGGGCGGUGACCACUCCCUACAAUACAAUAUACCGGUAUUAACUAUCGCGGUGAUUGAUUUUGAUCAUUCGGAGGUGGGGAGAUAUCUUCAGGAUAUGGCGACUGCGGCACGAGCCAAAAAUUACCAUAAUUCGCUGGGCUUUGUGAACCAAGAUGGAGAUGCCAUGUAUGGAAACGUGGAAAAUGCUCACGCAGCAUUACACGACCAGAAGUUCUGGGUGGGCAUUGUAGUGAUGGAGAAUGCGACGAAAGCCAUGAAUCAUGCGUAUGAAGUGGGAGAUGAAGCGUAUGAUCAAAAUAGUGCGAUUCAUGUUCUCUAUGAGGAGGCUAGGAAUGCGCUGGUUAUCGGAACAGUGGUGUAUCCGAGGCUGCUUGAGUUCUUGGAUGAAUUUGUACUUGAAUUCACAAAACAGAAGCAGAUGAGUUUGCUGCAGGGAACGAAUGGGUCGGAUGUGGAGGCUUUGCAGAGACAAAUUCAAAGCCCUGUUUCGGUGGGGUUUACAAUCAUCAAUCUGGCAGCUGCUACGCCAUCUACGGCUGAAGCUGCUACGGAAAUCGGGACGAUUUAUCUUAUCAUCGUCUCUUUUCUUUCCGUUCUCAUGUUCGACAAACUCAGCGAUACAAUCAUGGGAAACAUAGCCACCAGCACCUACUACAUAUACCGUCUAACCAUCCUCCCCUUCGUCUACUUAUUCCUCUCUCUCUUCUACCUCACCCUCUCCUGCAUGUGGCACAUACCAUUUUCCCUACACUUCGGACCUGCCGGCUACCCCCUAUACUGGAUGCUAUCCUGGAUCUCCAUGAUGGCCUUCGGCCUCACCAUCGAAAACAUCAACAACCUCCUCGGCAUGCCCUUCACGCCUGUCUUCUUCGUCUUCUGGGUCAUCUCCAAUGUCACCACGGGAUUCUAUCCCACAGAAAUGCUCAACGAUUUUUAUAAGUGGGGCAUAGUGUGGCCAUUGAGACAUGAUAUGAUGGGUGCGCGAGCAAUUAUUUAUGGCACGAAAAAUACCCUGAGGCAAAAUUUCGGAGUCCUAAUUGCGUGGGUGUUGGUUAGUUUGCUGUUGAUGCCUGGUACGGUCUGGUUGCAGAUGAGGAAGAAGAGGGUGGGGGCGGAGGAGAAGAGGAGGGUUGUUUUGGAGAGGGUGUGGGGGGCACCUGGGAGGGAGAAGGGCGGGAGGUUGAAAUUGCCGAAGUUGAGUCCGCCUAGAUAA